AUGUCAGUCCACUUCCCUGACGAAAUUACAGACAAAAUCCUUGUCAGGUUGGACCCCAAAUCUUUGAUCAAAUUCAGUGCAGUGUGCAAGUCAUGGAGGUCUCUAAUCAAAAGCCCUGCCUUCAUCCACACCCACCUCAGCCGCACAAUCCAACCCAACAACCAAAACGACUCUCACCUUUUACUACUUGUCACCACGAAAGCGGACACUGGUAUGAUUUACUCCUUCCGUUGGGACAAUCCCGAGUUCAGUGAGUAUACCCAGCUUAUCGACCGUUUCGCUGACAAUGAAGAACGUUCAGGCUGGGAUCUCAACGUGGUUGGGACUUGUAACGGGCUCUAUAUAGCUAGGUAUGCCUUUGGCUAUGAUUCGCGUAACAACGACUAUAAGGUUUUGGGAACUGUUAAUUUACCUGGGCAGACCGAAUGUUAUCAAGCAGAGAUUUGGUCCUUAGCUCGGGGCUCGUGGAAGAGUCUUGGAGUUGGAAGUACUGGUCGAGGCUCUUUAUCUGAACUCAUCCAACAGCCUGCUUUUGUCAAUGAUGCUGUGCAUUGGGUUCAACUCCAUACGAUGAAAGGGGAAAAUGGAAUUAUGUUGUUUGAUAUGGUGAGUGAAUCGUUUGGCGAGACUAGGGUUCCCCAGCGUGUGACAAAAAUGCUAAUGUUUGUUCUGCAAGAGUAUACCAUCCUUGUUCUUAUGACAUAUGGGUGA